GCCUUUUUUAACAUAUAAAUAUUUUUUUCAGUUUUCUCUUUUCUCUUUUCUUUCUUUCGUUCCUCAUAAAAAAAGAAGAAAAAUGCCUCCCUUUGUUGAAAGUGAAGAAAAGGACAACAGUCUUCGAUCAAGAAAGGCAGGAGAUGAAGGCCAUCCUGAUUCCAGACAUCCUCUUUAUCUCGGUGAUUGGAAGCGAUCGAUUCCUUAUGAGGAUGAAGAUUUCGCCCGUGACAAUAUGGAUGAACCUCAUUUAAAGCGUAAGCACACCAUCUUGAGAGAACAUCCCGAAGUCGAAAAGUUAUAUGGUACGGAUAUUCGCACACUCUACGUGACUUUAGCCAUCAAUGUGGUUCAGUUAAGCAUUGCUUAUACUUUUGGUAAGGUCUGGACACCGCCUAUUUAUAUCUUUGCUCUGGUAGCAUAUUUCAUUGGUGGUACCUUGACAGGUAUGAUUGGUGUCAUCAUUCAUGAAGCCUGUCAUUGUUUAGUGUUCAAGACAAAAUGGAUGAAUAGAUAUGUUGGAUUAUUUGCUAAUAUUUCCUUACCUGUACCCAUUGCACAAUCAUUCCGUCGUUAUCAUAUUGAACAUCACACUUGGCAAGGUGUUGAAGGUAUGGAUCCUGAUUUGCCUCUUGAUUGGGAAAAGAGUUUGAUUCGUGGUAAUGCUUUAUCCAAGUUCUUAUGGAUCAUGAUCUACCCUGUUAUGUAUGUUGUACGUGGUGCUGUCAUGCAACAUGAUCGUAACUUGACUCCAUCCAAGUGGGAAAUUAUCAAUGUUAUCUUUACUAUCUGCUCUGAUGCUCUUAUCGUUUAUUUCUGUGGAUGGCGUGGUUUGGUCUACUUAUUGACCUCUCUCUGGUUUGGUUAUUCUCUUCAUCCCGGAGCCGCUCAUUUUGUACAAGAACAUUAUACAUUUGAUGAUGGACAAGAAACUUACUCUUAUUAUGGUAUCUUGAAUUUCCCAUUCAUGAAUAUUGGUUAUCACAAUGAACAUCAUGAUUUCCAAAAGAUCCCUUGGUCCAAGCUCCCUGCUCUUCGUGCCAUGGCUAAAGAUUACUAUGACAAGUUAUCCUAUCAUACCUCUUGGCUUAUGGUCCAUUACAAGUUCAUUUCUCAACCUUCCGUUGGUCCUCAAUCUCGUGUGAUUCGUACCUACGAUGAUCACAAGAAGGGUCGCACUUUACUUGGUAAAAUGCGUGCUUACGAUUUAUCAAAGAAGGCCAAAACACCCGUCACUACUCAAUAAUAGAAAUACCCUCUGUCUUCAUUAGCAUUUUUUCUCUUUUUCAAUAAAAAUAUCGAAUCCCUAAGACUGUAAUUAAAAACUCUGUUCUCUGAC